UCACUAUGACCGUUUCCCGGAUGUUCCUUCAUUUUAGCGGAGGAACAAAAAUAGCAGUGUAUUCUAAGGUUCAGCUGUUGGGAGACUUGGUUUAAAACACUAAAUUAUAUUUUCAAACUUAAAAAAUGGUUGUCGUUUAAAGGAGAAAAGCGACAGGGAGGACGUGCUGUCUGGUAGAUUAUUCUUUUCAAACCAAUACCGUAACGCUUGUGGACUGCCUAGGCUGACGUUAAUGCCUAGAUUGUUAGUAUUAGCAGCUGCUGCUAAGUGAUUGAUUUACUGUAAAAUAAACGGAUACAUUUACCCGGUUUUCAUUUUGGCCUAGGAAUUUUAUAUUGUUCUCGUAUGUAAUGUUUUAAUUCUGUUUUGUUUUAACGCUUGCGGUUUAAAUAGAUUGUUUAUUUGGUUUGUUGUUUUCGGCUAGCUAAACGAAGCUAGGUCGUUCUUCCUUAUCUAUCGCGAUAGCAAGCAAUCCGCUAGAAGGGGGAGUUCAGCGAAAAACGCUCCGGUUUAUCCAUUUGUCUCGUUGUCAGACGAAGCUAAAACCACAAACAAAGCUGACACGCAUCACCAAUAACGGAAUAAAUGCAUGUAUUUCCCCAAGCCUAUUAUGUCUACUGAAUGCCCAAGUGUGUCUCCUGCUUCUGAAGCAAGUUGAAGGUGAAUGCUGGGUGAUCCACAGUUGGAAGAAGGUGGAUGAAGUGACUUGAGGGUCAGUCCCAAGUGUUUGAUCGUGGCUGCUGCUUCCCCUUUGUGCUCACGGCUCCUCUACACACUCCAUCCCGGUACAGAGUGAUGACUUCACAGCAGCACCCACUACCCCACGCAAGCACUAAUCCUUCAUUGCUCCUCCCUCGAGAUCCUCCUGCCAGCCAGGGCAGGUCAUCCCUACAGCCUGGCCAGCUGGAAUCCACCCAUAGCGGUUCCAGCACAAGUAGGGAUAUUCGCAUGGGCAGUGUUGGCUCUUCCUUGUCUCUCGGGAGUUCCGCUGGGGGAGGUCCUGCCUGGGCUGCCCCCGCUACCUCUGCUGUCACUACACCCUCACGAAGACAGACAAGUGGACGUUUUGAACCUUGGCCAGAGGAGGCGGUGGACAGUGCAUAUGGACUGUAUUCCCUACAUCGCAUGUUUGAGAUCGUGGGGGCUCAGCUCACCCACCGUGAUGUGCGGGUGCUCUCCUUUCUGUUUGUUGAUGUCAUUGAUGAGUAUGAGCGAGGUGGCAUCCGGAGUGGGCGGGACUUCCUGUUGGCUUUGGAGCGGCAAGGGCGGUGUGACGAGACCAACUUUAGGCAUGUACUACAGCUGCUACGCAUCAUAACCAGACAUGACUUGCUGCCCUAUGUCACACUCAGAAAGAGACAGACUGUUUGUCCUGACCCAGUGGAUAAGUACUUGGAAGAGACAUCAGUGCGCUAUGUUUCUCCCAGAGGAGGGGGAGAAAGCAAUAAAAUCACAAACCACAGGAGAACAGGCCCCCAGCCAGUAAUUUGCUGCUCCCCAUCCGGACCGCAGGUGUGCUCCCCACGUGCCAAGCCAGGCCCCCCUCUACCCAGUCGCAAACGGAAGAGGGCCCAUGCCACAGCAGACUGCAGGGAGAAGCAGACCUGCGAUAUUCGCCUGCGAGUCCGUGCAGAGUACUGCCAGCACGAGUCUGCCUUGCAGGGCAAUGUCUUCUCCAAUAAGCAAGAGGUCCUUGAGAGACAGUUUGAAAGGUUUAACCAGGCAAACACUAUCUUGAAGUCCAGAGACCUUGGCUCUAUCAUCUGUGACAUCAAAUUCUCAGAGCUUACCUACCUGGAUGCAUUUUGGCGGGACUACAUCAAUGGCUCAUUGCUGGAAGCCCUAAAAGGCGUCUUCAUCACAGACUCGCUCAAGCAAGCAGUGGGACACGAGGCCAUUAAGCUUCUUGUCAAUGUGGAUGAGGAGGACUACCAGGCAGGCCGACGGAAGCUUUUGCGCAACCUUGUCGCCGCUGGGGGGGCCGGAGGCAGCCGAGAGACUGUGCCGAUCCAAAGCAAUCAGGAGUAAACUGAAAGGUGAACUUACACCCGAGGCCACACUAGUACAUGGAAUAGAGCACUUUAUUUUUGGUGUCCAAACGUUAACAUAUAUUAUUCUAUCUUGCUCAUGCAGUGAACAUGUAACAGAAUACCCUUAAAUAUUUGCCUUACCACUUUGCAUUUAGUUUUUUUUUUAUUUCCCUUUUAAAAUGGUUUUGAUUUUGAUGACAGAUUGAUAUUCCGUGUGUUCCGGGUGUUUCUACAUAUUUGAUCGGUACAAUUAAUGUCUGUACGAUAAAAUGUAUUGUCUACAAAAAAAUGAAUAAAGAUGUUGCAUAAUCAGUUUCACUAAA